CAGCGAGUGGCUGUAUAGAGGAUUUUUAUGUGACGUCAGAAGAUCAACAAGUAACUAGCUGGCAAGCAGUCGGACGGGCAGUCAAACAGCUGUAGCAUCGAGUUUGUGAAAGUAACUUGGAGCACGAGGCAGUCGGUCGCUCGUAACUUGGCAGGCUACAGUAACUUGAAGAAAGAGAGAGAGAGAGAGAGAGACAAACUGGCCAGUCUCGGCAUUAACGCUCGACGGCUUUCACCGCUCUGUUCCAAUAGUUUUAUCAUAGUGUGUGCCAAGCUUUCGCGAGUGUCGUACUCUGAAACAAACUGCUACAAGUCGAAUCGAAUAUAAAGAAGAAAGGAAUAAUUUACGGGAAUGAUGAUCGACGAGUGAUCGGAAUUAAGGGCUCGCAGGAAUUAAUCGGGCAUCGCGUCCGCGACCGGUAGCGUUGCUAGUGACAGUCACGUGGGAUUUUGCAAGGAAAUGUCCAAGUCGCAACAGAACGGAGCGUUGCCAGGUGUCGGUGGUAACGCGACAGUACCCGAUGACUUUUCUGAUGACGAGAGUAGUCCCUUGACCCAGGAUUACGACGGAAGUCAGAGGACGGUGCUGGAAACAAAAGGAUGGGACGUCUUCAGGAAUCCCCCGCCGAAAAUCGAUUCGGGUUCGAUGGCCAAUCAGAAGUGCCUCGAGGUCACGGUUCAAAUAACGAAAGUCUUCGUUUAUCUCUUUGUCUUUAUCAUUGUUCUUGGUAGUGGAGUCAUCGCCAAGGGUACCAUCCUCUUCAUGACCUCGCAACUCCGUCCUGCUCGUGCGAUUGUCUAUUGCAAUAAGCAGUUGGGAAGGGAUCGACAGUUCGUGGUUACGUUACCGGAAGAGGAGAGGAUAGCGUGGAUAUGGUGCAUCAUCAUCGCGUUCGCCGUCCCGGAAUUCGGGACUCUUAUACGUAGUCUUCGAAUUUGUAUCUUCAAAUCUUGGAAGAAACCGCCGGCCUCCCAUUUCCUUCUGGUGUUCCUUAUGGAGACCUUUCACGUGGUUGGCCUGGCUCUAAUGUUCCUAGCAGUUUUACCAGAAUUGGACGUCGUUAAGGGAGCUAUGAUAACGAACUGCGUAUGCUUCGUACCGGGUGUGCUUGGACUUCUAUCGCGAAAUAAAAACAAGGACGAGUCACGAAGAUUUGUUCUGGUACUGGUUGAUCUGCUUGCACUCGUGGCCCAGGCAACCGGAUUCGUCGUGUGGCCCCUGUUGGACAGCGCGAAGCCAUCGGUCUGGCUGAUACCGCCUGCACUGAUACUCGUCUCUUGCGGCUGGUGGGAAAAUUAUGUUUCCAUGCAAAGCCCAAUAGGAAUUGUCAGGACACUGGGAAAGGUCAAGAAGGAACUUAAGCUGACGCGAUACUUCACCUACAUGUUUAUGUCAGCUUGGAAGAUCGUUGCCUUUCUAAUCAGUACCAUUGUGAUUUUGCAUACCAAGGGUGAGAAUGUUGGACAUCUCUUUUCCAUGUUUGGGAGCGCUUUUGGUGAUCACAAGAUCACUGUCACGGCUGUGCAACCGGGCUCCUUAUCCGGAACGAUGCCUGAUCUCUCUGAUAUCUUGAGAAAUGGCGAGACCGAGACUGUAACCGCUGAAUUUAAUACGCCAAUAUACGUGCUUCUUUUGCAAAUAUUCGGCGCAUACUUUGCUUACAUUUUCGGAAAAUUCGCCUGCAAAAUCCUGAUUCAGGGAUUCAGCUAUGCCUUUCCAGUAAAUCUGACAAUUCCCGUAACAAUUUCCUUACUGAUAGCCGCAUGCGGAAUUCGCAACGGCGAUCCUUGCUUCUUUCACGGCACCAUUCCCGAUUAUCUCUUUUACGAAUCACCACCUCUCUACUUCCUUAACGAUUUCGUCUCAAAACAAUACGCCUGGGUCUGGUUGCUGUGGUUGCUCUCGCAGACUUGGAUCACUCUACACAUUUGGACCCCGAAAUGCGAGCGUCUGGCAGCAACUGAGAAAUUGUUCGUGGUGCCCAUGUACGAUUCGUUGCUGAUAGAUCAGUCUAUGGGCCUUAACAGGAAGAGGGAUGAUCAGCCGGAGGUCAAGGUUGAGGAUUUAGCUGAAAUUGAAAAAGAAAAGGGGGACGGUGACUACGAGACAAUUUACGAGCAUACUGAUGGGUCCAGCACGCCGCCAUCUGCCGUGAAAAGUAGCGAUCACGUUACUCGUAUUUAUGCUUGUGCUACCAUGUGGCAUGAGAAUAGAGAGGAGAUGAUGGAAUUCCUGAAAAGUAUCUUGCGCCUUGACGAAGAUCAAUGCGCGAGACGCGUAGCGCAGAAAUACCUCAAGGUCGUCGAUCCGGAUUAUUACGAGUUCGAAACUCACAUCUUCUUCGAUGAUGCUUUCGAGUUGUCUGACCACGAUGAAAACGAGUCCCAGGUGAAUCGGUUCGUUAAACUCCUGGUUGGUACUCUCGACGAAGCUGCGUCGGACGUGCAUCAAACUAGAAUGCACGUGAGGGCGGCCAAAAAGUUUCCCACACCGUACGGCGGUCGACUGGUGUGGACGCUUCCUGGAAAAACGAAAAUGAUUGCUCACCUGAAAGACAAGAGUAAGAUUCGUCACAGGAAACGAUGGAGUCAGGUAAUGUACAUGUACUAUCUACUGGGACAUCGUCUAAUGGAAUUGCCUAUAAGCGUCGAUCGCAAGGAAGUCAUCGCUGAGAAUACCUUCCUGCUUACUCUCGAUGGUGACAUCGAUUUUCAACCGGCUGCGGUGAAACUUCUGAUAGAUUUGAUGAAGAAAAAUAAGAAUCUGGGUGCAGCUUGUGGUCGCAUACAUCCCGUAGGCUCCGGUCCAAUGGUUUGGUAUCAGAUGUUCGAAUACGCUAUUGGUCAUUGGCUGCAAAAGGCGACGGAACAUAUGAUUGGUUGUGUUCUCUGUAGUCCUGGCUGCUUCUCCCUCUUCAGAGGUAAAGCUUUAAUGGACGACAACGUGAUGAAGAAGUAUACCACCAGAUCGGACGAGGCAAGGCAUUACGUACAGUACGAUCAGGGCGAGGAUCGAUGGCUGUGCACCCUACUCUUACAGCGGGGCUAUCGUGUCGAGUAUUCUGCGGCCAGCGAUGCCUACACCCACGCGCCAGAAGGCUUCAAUGAGUUUUACAAUCAGCGUCGUCGCUGGGUACCUUCCACCAUAGCCAACAUAAUGGAUCUUCUGAUGGAUGCCAAACGAACUAUAAAGAUCAACGACAACAUAUCCCUGCCGUACAUUUCCUAUCAGAUUCUUCUUAUGGGUGGAACCAUUCUUGGGCCUGGUACCAUAUUCCUCAUGUUGGUCGGAGCCUUCGUGGCCGCAUUCAAGAUAGACAAUUGGACCAGUUUCUACUACAACAUUAUUCCCAUUUUACUCUUCAUGCUCGUUUGUUUCACGUGCAAAUCAAAUAUACAACUUCUCUGCGCUCAGAUACUAUCAACGGCAUAUGCGAUGAUAAUGAUGGCAGUGAUAGUGGGCACGGCCCUUCAGCUUGGCGAAGACGGCAUAGGCUCACCCUCUGCGAUAUUCCUGAUAUCUUUAUCAAGCUCAUUCUUCAUAGCAGCCUGUUUGCAUCCGCAAGAGUUCUGGUGUAUAGUACCCGGAAUUAUAUACCUCCUAUCCAUUCCGUCUAUGUAUCUGCUGUUAAUUCUCUAUUCCAUCAUAAACCUGAACGUUGUUUCUUGGGGUACACGCGAGGUUCAAGUGAAGAAAACAAAGAAGGAGCUCGAGCAAGAGAAAAAGGAAGCCGAGGAGGCUAAACGGAAAGCCAAGCAGAAGUCCUUAUUGGGUUUCCUUCAAAAUGGAGCUGGGACGAACGAUGACGAUCAAGGAUCCAUCGAGAUCAGCUUAGCUGGACUGUUCAAGUGUAUGCUCUGCACCCAUGGGAAACCCUCCGACGAGAAACAGCAGCUGGUCGCCAUUGCUGAAUCUCUUGAACUAUUGGGGAAGCGGCUGGAAUCAAUUGAAAAAGCCGUCGACCCGCACGGACACGUGAUAGGAAGGAGACGAGCUUCUUCGAGCGGUUCUCGCACUGCCGAUCACCUGGGUGCCAUAGGCGAGGAUCCCGAGUUGAACGAUGAACGCGACAGCGACACAGAGACCGUCGCCAGUCAUAAUACGGAGAACAAUCGCGAGGGGAACUUCCUGACGAGUCCUUACUGGCUCGAGGACCAGGAUCUGAAGAAGGGCGGCGUCGACUUUCUAUCCGUCCAGGAGGAACAAUUUUGGAAGGACCUACUUCAGAAAUAUCUCUACCCCAUCGACGAGGACAAGGCUGAGAAGGCCCGAAUCGCUAAAGACCUGAAGGACCUACGUGACCAGGCGGUCUUUGCCUUCUUUAUGCUGAACGCGCUCUUCGUCCUGAUCGUCUUUCUACUGCAGUUAAACAAAGAUUUGCUUCACAUUAAGUGGCCCUUCGGUAUCAAGACUAACAUCACCUAUGACGAGCAUUCCCAAGAGGUACACAUCAGUAAAGAGUAUCUGCAGCUUGAGCCCAUCGGUUUGGUCUUCGUCUUUUUCUUCGCGUUGAUCCUGAUAAUUCAGUUCACCGCCAUGCUGUUCCAUCGCUUUGGGACUUUUGCGCAUAUCCUGGCGAGUACCACACUCGACUGGUAUUGUUGUAAGAAGGCGAAGGAUCUAUCAGAGGAAGCACUGCUGUCUAAGCACGCUGUGGAAAUAGUGAGGGAUCUACAGAGGCUAGACGGCAUCGAAGGUGACUACGACGAAGGUAGCGGCAGUGGCCCUGGAAGACGAAAAACCAUUCGCAAUUUAGAGAAAAGUCGUAGGAAGACUCAGGCCAUCAACACGUUGGACGUCGCCUUCAGGCAGCGUUUCUUUAGUAUGGCGGAAGGAGGCUCAGGUCUGCCGCGGAAUAUGUCGACGCGUCGAUCGACAAAGGCCUUCAAAGCAUUCGAGGGUCGUCGGAACAGUAUAAUGGCGAUGCGACGCAAGUCUCAGAUGCAAACGCUGGGCGCCAAUAAUGUCUACGGAGUCGCAGGCAAUCCUUUGGGAAUCCAAGGAAGGCCGACGAGGAGCAGUCAGAUAUCGGUGAAGGACGUCUUUGAGAACCACACCGGCCAAGUGAAUCCUGCGUACGAGGACGAGGAAAGUCCCAGUAAUAGUCUCAGAAUGCAACCGCGAAGUCAAGUCACUUGGAGGGACGUCAGUUCAAAAAUGUAACGGAUCGUGGUUGUUGACUCGGAACUGAUGCACGCCAUUGUCUGCAUUGUCUACACCUGAGAUUACUUCCUUUCUCCUUAUUCCUACUCCGAAUUCUUAAUUGAGAUUCGAUUCUUGGAGACGUCUCUCGCCGAGACGGAGUUUACUUCCCAGAAAUUCUGACGUUAGUGCGAUUCGAGUUCGCGACGGCUACGCUUAAACUUUUCUUUCCUUAAACGCUAUUUUCACUCUCGUAUCUGUCUUCUUGGAUAUUUAAGUGAUUACUAUACCUAGAUGUGCCUGUGCCUCCGUGUGCGUGUGCGUGUGCGUGCGUGUGCUUCAAGACUGCGCGGAGAAGCUACUAAUGAAUUUACGUGACAAUUAAAUGAUAGCUUUAAGAUCAAAAAGCAAUACGCCGUCCAAAGCUCCUUUGACGCACAGCGCAUUUUCUUAUAAAAAGGAAAAUACAAUAUCUGGAUUUUUAA